AUGGUGACUGCAGUACCCAAUCCUUCAAAAUCUGCAUCUUCGACCGCAAAUUCUGGAAUCAUGAGUUCCACUUCAGUUCCGGCGUCAGCCUCAAAACCAUUUCCAGGGAGUGCGGGGUUUUCGCUGAAGGGUUUUCUUCUCGACGAGGAGAUAAAGGUUCAGCAGGAAAGGCUCCAACAGAUGCUGCAACUCCGACAACAGCAGUUGAACCAGGAGAGUCGAGAUCUCGCAGGGCACCCCGCGCGCGGAAGUCAACAGAACGUUCCGAUAAAUGCGCAGUCUCCUUCGUUAUACGCGAACAAAAUUGCCUUACCGGCUACUCCACAUCAACGCCACCCGGUUUGUCCAGCAGACUGUGAAGUACUUCAAAGUCAGCGACUGGGCUUCGUUCCGGGUGCCCCUCCUUCCCGAGGGUCCUCUAUGACUUCCCUCAAGCAGUCGACAUAUUGCGAUUAUGGUGGCGCGCAGUCAAGUGGGUUUGACAUGGCACCUGCUCUAGAAAGGGGUGAGGCACAGGGAACCAGUACCAGUACAAGCUUCACCAUCCACGAGUGCCUACCUGCAUUGUCGCCCGGUUUUCCCUCGAGGGUUCCUGCGGUCGAAUCAGCGGAUCCGUUUUCUGGAAGAAGGACGAGUCCGCGUGAGUUUUCUGUCAAUGCAAACGCAACGCGUACGCAAGUUCUCCAGAACGGUCAGGUUCGUGUCGGAGGUGGCAACCCCUUUAUUCCUCAGCAAUGCCACAUGAGUCCACAUUCUGAAAGCGAUGCGCUGCCAGCUGCUUCUCGUGCUUCAGAGUGUACACGCGUGGAAGAAAGCAACGCACGCGUUGAUCAAGGCGAGAAAAUGUCGCAUAGAUCUCUCUUUCGUGAUGGACAACAAGGCUACUCAGAUUCGACGUUUCGAAGUAGCAAAGCCGCAACUCCGUUUUCAGGCUGCCUGUCUUCGGCUGCAGGUGCUGCUACAGACGCAGAGAAGGAAGGCGAAAGAACACUGAUGUCUCUUAACAGAGGUCUUACGCGUCUAGAUUUGAGUCGGGCUGUAUAUCAGAGAAUGAAAACCGUGGACGUUCAGCGAGGCACGGAAUCAGCGUUGCUUGAAGAAGUUGACGACGUAUUGUUAAGAGGAACCGCUUCUCCUGGUGUAGAGGGAGGAGGAGGAGGAGACACGCGUCCGCAUUCGUACAGCGACUGUUCGGCGGCAGACUUCGGUCGGAGUUCAUCGCCGAAAGACGACUGUGUCGACGAGGAUGCCACCUGCGGUGACAUAGGCGGCGAGAGAGCGAAAGUGAAGAUGCUUGCGGAGAAACUUCAGGCGCAAGAAGAAGAGAAGAGAACGAUGCAAGAAGAGAGCUUUCAAGUCGAACAACUACUGAAGCGCCAAUAUUACCAGGAUAUGCGGAAGAAGAACGCAGAGAACGAGGACUUGAAGAAGCAACUCGGUCGCCUGCGGGAAGAGGUGGACGCAUUGAAUCGCCACCUUUCGGCAACCCUGCAGCACAAAGACCAACUUCAAAAUGCGCUGGCUCUGGCUCAAGAUGCUCUGACGCAUGCAGUGGACAGCAUGGUGUUCACGCCUCGACCUCCGUCGGAUCCGCUGUCGUCUCGUUCUCAACCCAAGCGAGAUGGCUCAACAAGGAACAGGCCAAAAACGCAUCUUCUUGGCGAUCAAACCCCUUCAACGGAGUUCACGAGAAACGCUGAAGCAGACACGGAAAAGAGAACGAGUUUGAAGUCGGAACAGAUCCGGGGAAGAGAUCCCUCUGUAGAGUCAUUCCACUCGUCCCGUUCCUUAGGAAACGCGCGGAGCGCAGAAAAUGGACAAGACGGAGCAAGCAAAGAGCAAACAGGCGGUAUGCAUGAUGAAUUAGGAGGAUGCGGCCUUAGAACAGGGGAGACCCGGACCACAGCCAAAGAGACACAACCAAGUGUCAAAGGCAGUGCAGAAGAUAACGAAGACAGCACAGAGAGCCAGGAGGGGGAAAUUCUAUGUGGGAGGCUAUGGAGUUUGAUGAACCGUCUCGAGAAGGCCACCAAGGUGCUUGAUCCACGCAAACUAGACGCUGAAGACCAGAAGGCUCUCACGGUCUCGCUUCUCAAGACUCGUCGGAUGUUCAGUGCAGACAAUCAGUCAGCCCCGUUCGAAGGCGGGGCACCCCUGGAAGUAUCACCUCUAAAAGAUUCGAACUUUGUCAAAGAAUCAUCUCCCACCAUCUGGACAGUCGGCGUUCCAACCGAGGAACACCGUAUCGGCGCUGAGGCCACUCUACUCCGAAGCGACCAAACGCAGUUACUGCUCCCCGCAUCACAGAAAGCUAUGAAUCAGCAACGAUCGAAUGUCUGUGGUGAUAGGUCUCGAGAGGAGCGGGAUGGGUUGACUGAAGAGCAAGUGAAGGAGUUGCAGAAUGAAGUCAUCACACUGAGACAGAACCUACAAAAGUUCACAGGCGAUGUCGCCGCUGCGCAAAAGAAGAAUCGAAGAACGACAACCCGAGAAAGUACAGGAAGUCGUGCGAGUCUGUGCGAGUCUGUGGAUGAAGGCCGUGGUCUGUCGACAACUGACGAGUUGAUGAUUCAGAGAUUGGAUGAACUGCAGAAACUCAAUGCGCGUUUACUUCUGGACAACACUGUCCUCCACCAGCUCUGCACUGGCCAGGCAUCUCCUGUGCGUCUACCUUCAGUCCCGAGUCUUGCGUCAGGCAUUCGAGGCCCUCUAUCCCUUUCAGUUCUACCUGCUCAGUCCUGGAAUACUACGUCUGUGUCCGCUUCCCCAGUACCCGGCCCUGUUCUACAGCCGUCUGCGUGUCUCGUUUCCCUCCCCGUUGCCGCCCCGUCAUCGAGCCAAGGCCCGUUUCCAGACCCACAACUGAGUGCAGGCACUGAUGCCAAGCGUGACGCCGUGCCUCGUGCUCUGUCAUCAGCAGUGGCCGUCCACAUGGUGCCAACUCAGCCAGGCGCGACACUCGCUGCCCCGCCCCCGCAAUAUGUCGGCCACCCUGUGGCGCCGACCGCCUCGUCGGGGCAUCAUCAAAAGGCUGGCCAUACCCUGGCUUCGACGAACUUUCAUUCUCUCUUCCCGGGAGGUUUUUUCCCGGAGAAAGGGGGAACACAACCGCACACAGUAGCGCCUCCCGCAGGGUUGCAGGUGUCGCCACCCGUGGGGAGAAAUGGAGAGAACAUUUCUGUCUCUGGACAAAAAGACAGGAACGAGAUUAUGGCCUCAUUCCAGAGAGAAAUGCCGAAACGCACCGGGAGCAAAGGGCCAAAAGUACAAGAGCUUUGGAAUAAUUCAACGAAGGCUUCCCAGGGGAGUCAAAGGGGAUCGGGCCCUUUUCCUGGUGUGCAUGCGAAUGGGGUUACCACGCUUCCCGUAAAGACUGUUGACGGAGACGCACGACGGGUGACACAUACUAGAGCACAUGGUGUGGCACACCGGCAAAUGGCUGUAUCUCAGUCUCAGCCGGUUCUUGGAUCGAGCACAGGUGAGCGGCAGGACAGCAAAAAGGUUAAACCAACCCUCUCCCGGUCGGUGGCGUCUGUGGGUGGCAUUAACCGAAGCGGCGGCGCGGGAACGACGUUUCUACCACCUCUGGUAUCAACUCAAACCAACCAAAGCAAGAAUCAGGGCCCGGUGAUGAGCAGAGGUGAAACAGGAGGCGAAGCGAGGAACGAGCAUGGGGAGAAAUCGCUCGCUGGUCUCCAGCGACGAAUGGUCAAGCAUUCAAUCUCAGCAGUGGAGCUUCCGGUCCUCCGCAGCCCCGUGGCUGAGCACAUCGUUUCAAGAGCAACGAGAGGCAGCUGUUUACAAGAUGGUGGGCCUUCGCCCUCAAAACUCCCUCAUUUGCUGACAGACAACUAUCAACGUAUCCACUUCACAAGCUCGGGAAUAGCGACGCGUACCACCUCCCCUUUUCAGCGGGGAGCCAAAUCUGUCGCAUCAAACAGUCCCGACACAGUCGGAGGCGUGGUGGCGCGGCCAACACUGAACGGCGUAUACCUUUGCCAAGUCCCGCAUGGCAGAACCGCUGACCCAACACAACUGGCCGUCUGGGGGCGAGGGUACCCGGCAUCAGCAGUGGGUCUCCCAACAGCUGCGGACUCGUCUUUUCCUAAGGUAUUUCAGAGAAAUGUUCGGAAGGCGAGUAAAGGAGACGAGACCAGUCGCACUCGCGGAUCACAACGACACAGCGGCGAAGGCGUUCUGUGGGCAGCAGAGAGUGGAAGCCGCUCUUACUCACGCCGCCGCAGUGGAUCUUGUGUGUCGAGGGCGCCCACUGAGGCUGAAGGCCGCGCGACUAGCGGUUCAGGUCGAACGAUACAGGGCCAGACUAAGAGCGAGGAGUCUGCGGUCAAGCCUACAUUACACAGCAUCCCGGUAUUUGCGCAGUCGCAGCUGAAAGGACAUGUCUUUCCCCAGCUCGUCAACUCGUCGCCACUUUCUUCAAGGCCGACGACUCCAGUGACGCCCUGUACCCCAACAUCGGCAACGCCGCCUCCCCUGCAUCAAGGCGAAAGCAGCUACUACACGUCGUAUACAGGUAGUCUUCCCUGCUAUGUCUACUCGCCUGGAGUGCCAGCACCCAUCUCGCAGAAUUCGGGUGACGCAUCCCGCCAGCACCUCGUGGAGCUUCAUCCAAACUCGACAGUAAAUUUUCGAUGUGUGGCGUAUCCGCACCCCACACUUAGCACAACUCCUGUGUCUUUCACGGCUUUUAAGGCAUCACCUUCAAAGGGAACAUCAGCAGACUGUCGACAGAGCGCAAGUCUAAGCCCUGAGGAAACUGUCACAGAGAUGGGUCUUUCCAGACCAAGUGUCAGUCAGUCAGAUUGCGGUGCAUCGGGAGCCGCGGCAUUUGGCUCAGACGCCUCUGUGAAUCAGGCACGGGAACCAGCAGCGUGCGUUUGUCUACCAUCGGCAGCUGCGACCUACUCGCAGACACAUCUGGCGGGGGGGCCAUUCGCGAGCGGGUUGGGCUUCCGGGAACGUCUCCAUAACACUGGAGAAUAUCGCUUCCAGGAGCAGAUGAUGUCUUCUGACCAACCAACUAAACGUGUUCCAAGACAAAACCGUGUGCCUUCGCAAUCCACAGUUUCUCCACAAAACGUCCGUACGCCUUUAAGAGCUCCUGUCACGGCUCAAGGUGAUACGGCAGAGACACGAGCUGGAUUGGGCCGGUGGUCGGCCACGGCAUCUAAGCGCGAGGGCGUCUCUCCGACUACCCGAGCGUUCCGCCCAUUUGAAUCGUUUACGUCAUUUUUACAGAAACAGUUCAUGGGAUUUACAGCAUCACGCACGAGAGAUGAAUCUUUUGCGGAGGUCACAGCAGAUCAAGCAGCCGCUCGAGGACGAAGCCUGACUUCCCCUGUAAGGGGGAAACCUGGUAGGGUCUCUUCUGUUGGAGGUACCGGGCUGGACUCAUCAGAGUGCAAAAAGAAGCUUCUUGGAGUGCCUGACAGAUCAGCUGCUGUGAGGGUGGGAAGGACUACUUCUUUGGCCAAUCUGGCUCAAGGACGUAUACAAGAAAAAGACUUGGGCACCCGGUUGCACUGUAUGGGGGCACCCCAGAAGCAGAGCGAAAGUCUCGAAAGUGCUGUGGGGAGCAAUCAUCAACAGGAAAUCAUGAAUUCAGCAAGAGCCGCAAAAGCAAUGUGGUUGCCUACUAGCCUUGGAACAACUAGUACGGCAGUUAGCCAUAUCAGUUCUGUGAGCUCCAAGCAUUCUCUUAAAGCAUCGCUGUGCGGACUGAAGGUGUUCUGUGAUGCCCCAAUUCUCCAACAUUCAUCCAUUCACCACCUGUGUGAGGAGGCGGCGUCUCAAGGAUCUCUUAUCUCGACACCAAAACUGGAAAGCGACGUCUCAAACCGGCGUAAUUCUGCCCCAGUUGGGCGUUUCUUGGGUCCUGCUGUGUCGGUGUCCUCCGUACUGCAAUUAAAGGCGAGAUGAAGUAAUAGGGAGUUGCUCUGGCAGGAGAUUGAGGCUUCUGGAUUUCUACAGCCACAUAUGACGAGGAGGUUUCGCUGCGGGUGAAGAGAAACCUAAGGGUGCAAGAGUUGAUGUGGCAUCAGGCUUUCCUGGUUGUUAUGGCGAAACGUGAUGUUUGUCAGAUUGCAGGGAUAUCCUCACACUUCUCGAAUCUCGAAAAUUCGCUGUUUUCUCCACCCGCGGUAUUAAUAGGGACGGUUUGGUUCAAGGUUCCUUAUCUUGGGCAUUGAGUUCUAGAGCGGCCAGUCGUGCCAGUGAUUUCUAUGCACAAGUCCGUCAGGUGGCCUAUUACCUUUCUGCACUAAAUGUGCCGUUUCUUUUACCUCACAGCAGUGAGAAAUCGUUUCCGCUGGACAGCAGCUUCGAUGAAUGCCGCGCCUACGUAGUAGGUCGAGUUUUCUUUAUUUUCUGACUGAUCUCUAUAAAGUAAUUCUCGACU